AUCGGAGCAUCUCAGAUGGGAGCGCAGCAGCGCAUGGACGGGGCACGGGCAGCUGCUUGCAAACUGCUCCUCUUACUCGUUGCCUGCCUAUUAAAAGGGAGCUGCCAAGGAUGUGAGCAAGGCCAAUUUCGUUGUGGAAAUGGGCGCUGCAUUCCUGAGGACUGGAGAUGUGAUGGAGCAAGAGACUGUUCAGAUGACACGGAUGAAGCCGGCUGUCCACAUCCAAGCUGUGAAGGAAACCAGUUUCAGUGCCAUGGUGAUGGAGAAUGCAUCCCUCAGGCAUGGGUCUGUGAUGAUGAAGAAGAUUGUGAUGAUGGCUCUGAUGAACAUCAGCAAUGUCAGUACCCAACCUGUGAUCAGCUGACUUGUUCUAACGGAGCCUGUUUUAAUUCAAGUCAACGCUGUGAUGGCAAAGUGGAUUGCAGGGAUGCUUCUGACGAAGCUAACUGCACCCGUGGAUGCUCCAGUUCUCAGUUUCAGUGUAACAAUGGGGAUUGUAUCCCCCGAGCCUUUAUUUGUGACCAUGAUGAUGACUGUGGCGACAGGAGCGAUGAAAAUUCUUGCACAUAUGCAACUUGCAAAGGGAAUUUCUACACCUGCCCAAGCGGUCGCUGUAUACAUCAGAGUUGGAUUUGUGAUGGGGAUGAUGACUGCGAAGACAAUGCAGAUGAAGUUGGAUGCGAGAGUGGCCACCGAGAUUGUUAUCCAGGUGAAUGGGCCUGCCCUGUAUCAGGGCAGUGCAUUCCCAUUGACAAAGUUUGUGAUGGGACUCCAGAUUGCUCUGCUGGGGAAGAUGAGACAAAUGCAACAGCUGGCAGACAUUGCAAUAUAUCUCAGUGUGCAACUUUAAGCUGCCAAUAUCGUUGUCACUCAUCCCCCACGGGGGGAACAUGCUAUUGUCCUGCAGGAUACGUCAUCAGCAACAAUGACAGUCGCACUUGUAUAGACUUUGAUGACUGCAAAAUGUGGGGCAUUUGUGACCAAGAGUGUGAAGAUCGUGAUGGUCACCAUCACUGUCGAUGUGCCGAAGGGUAUGUCCUGGAGCACCACCGUCAUUGCCGAGCCAAUACCUCAUCUGGAGCUGCCUCUAUCAUUUUUUCCAACGGUCGUGAUUUAUUAAUUGGGGACAUUCAUGGAAGAAGUUUUCGAACUCUGGUACAAUCCCAGAAUCGUGGAGUGGCUGUUGGUGUGGACUUUCAUUUUCAGCUGCGUAGGAUAUUUUGGACUGAUACUGUGCAAGAUAAGGUUUUUUCUGUCAACCUUGAUGGCUCGGAUAUCUAUGAAGUUUUAAAUAUUUCAGUCGACACACCAGAAAACCUUGCAGUAGACUGGAUUAACAACAAGCUGUAUAUAGUGGAGACCAGCGUCAACCGAAUUGAUUUGGUAAAUUUGGAUGGAACCAAUCGAGUAACUUUGAUUGCAGAAAGUUUGGGCAACCCUAGAGGAAUAGCUGUGGAUCCUACUGUUGGUUAUUUGUUUUUCUCAGAUUGGGAUAGUCUUUCAGGUGAUCCUAAAGUAGAAAGAGCCUUUAUGGAUGGAACAAAUCGUCUGGACUUGGUUAAAACAAAGUUGGGAUGGCCAGCUGGGAUAACUCUGGAUAUUGUAUCAAAGAGACUCUACUGGGUAGACAGUCGAUAUGAUUAUAUUGAAACGGUGACCUAUGAUGGGCUGGAGAGGAAAACUGUUGCUCAUGGAGGCUCAUUGAUUCCACAUCCCUACGGAAUAAGUCUUUUUGAACAUUCGGUGUAUUUUACUGAUUGGACCAAAAUGGCAGUGAUGAAAGCCAAUAGGUUUGCAGAUUCUAACCCACAAGUGAUUUUUCAGUCUUCCUUGCGUCCCUACGGAGUAACAAUUUAUCACGCUUUCCGACAGCCACAUGUAAGAAAUCCUUGCGGUGUUAAUAACGGUGGAUGUGAACAGAUUUGUGUUCUCAGUCACAGAACUGACAAUGAUGGUCUAGGCUACCGCUGCAAAUGCAUGUUGGGCUUUGACUUGCACGCUGAUGGACGACGCUGCAUUGCUGUGCAGCAAUUUCUGCUCUUCUCCUCCCAGUUCUCUGUGCGUGGAAUUCCAUUCAAUCUUUCCACUCAGGAAGAUGUAAUAAUUCCUGUAUCAGGAAGUUCUUCUUAUUUUGUGGGAAUUGACUUCUGGGCCCAAGAAGACACUAUAUUUUAUUCAGACACCACUAAAGAUAUAAUAUAUAAACAAAAAAUUGACGGGACAGGUAGAGAAAUCCUUGCAGCCAACAGAGUGGAGGGAGUUGAAGAUUUGGCUUUUGACUGGAUCUCAAAGAAUAUCUAUUGGACAGACUCUCGGUAUCGGAGUAUUAGCGUUAUGAGGCUGGCUGAUAAAUCAAGACGAGCUAUUCUUCAAAAUUUGAAUAAUCCUCGAUCAAUCGUAGUUCAUCCAGUUAUUGGAUACAUAUUUUGGACAGAUUGGUUCCGCCCUGCUAAGAUCAUGAGAGCCUGGAGUGAUGGAUCCCAUGCCUUACCAAUUGUAAACACGACACUGGGAUGGCCUAAUGGCUUAGCUAUUGAUUGGAGUUCCUUAAGGCUUUAUUGGGUGGAUGCCUUCUUUGAUAAAAUUGAGCACAGUACUUUUGAGGGGUUAAAUAGAAGGACACUUGAGCGCAUUAGUCAGAUGACACAUCCAUUUGGUCUCACGAUCUUUGGAGGUUAUGCAUACUUUACAGAUUGGAGGCUUGGUGGAAUAGUUCGAGUUCGAAAGUCUGAUGGAGGGGAAAUGCUUGUCAUCAGGAGAGGAAUCAAUAACAUAAUGCAUGUAAAAGCAUACAAUGCUCAGUCUCAAAUAGGCUCCAACUUCUGCAAUAGAGCAACAAAUCCUAAUGGGGACUGCAGCCAUUUCUGUUUCCCAGUCCCCAAUUUUCAGAGGGUUUGUGGCUGCCCUUAUGGAAUGAAGCUAAGCUCCAACCAGAUCACCUGUGUGGAAGAUCCAUCCAACGAGCCUCCCACUUUACAAUGUGGUUCUUACUCUUUUUCUUGUGGCAACGGCCGAUGCGUGCCCAGGUUCUAUCAGUGUGAUGGUGUGGAUGACUGUCAUGACAACACUGAUGAACAAAACUGUGGAUCCUUAAAUAAUUCUUGUGCUACAUCAGCCUUCACCUGUAGAAAUGGCCAGUGCAUUCCCGCUCGGUGGCGAUGUGAUAAGCAUAAUGACUGCCUAGAUAAUAGUGAUGAACUUCAUUGCCCUACACAGGGCCCAACAUCUUGUCCCACAAACCUGUUCACUUGUGAUAACAGCAAAUGCAUUCCCAAACUCUGGCUUUGUGAUACUGAUAAUGAUUGUGGCGACGGGUCAGAUGAAAAGAACUGCACCUUCACAGAUGCAUGUGAAUUCGGUCAGUUUCAGUGUCCUGAUCACAGGUGCAUUGACGCAUCUUAUGUUUGUGAUGGAGAUCAAGAUUGUGUGGAUGGAGCAGAUGAACAUGAUUGCAUCUACAACUGUACUUCUACUGAGUUUAAGUGUGCAAAUGGAAACCAGUGUAUUCGGAACUAUUACCAGUGCGAUGGUGUUUUUGACUGCAAUGAUCAUUCUGAUGAAGCUGGUUGUCCUACAAGACCUCCUGGAAUGUGCCACCAGACUGAAUUCCAGUGUCAAUCAGAUGGCAACUGUAUCCCAGCUAGUUGGGAAUGUGAUGGUCACCCAGAUUGCGUGGAUGGCUCUGAUGAACAUCACAGGUGUCCACCUAGGACCUGUCCGCCUUCUCUUUUCCGCUGUGACAAUGGAAACUGCAUCUUUCAAGCUUGGGUCUGUGAUGGCGACAAUGAUUGCCGGGAUAGGAGUGAUGAGAGGGACUGCCCAACCCAGCCUUUCCGGUGCCCCAGCUGGCAGUGGCAAUGCCCAGGUCACAGUAUAUGUGUAAAUCUCAGUAAAGUAUGUGACAAUCUUGCUGAUUGCCCUAAUGGAGCUGAUGAAUCACCCCUAUGCAACCAGGAGACCUGCUUGGAUAAUAAUGCAGGCUGCACGCAUGGAUGCAUUCAGGGCCCCUUUGGAGCCCAGUGCUCCUGCCCUUUCGGCUACCAACUUGCCAACGAUUCAAAGACCUGUGAAGACAUUAAUGAAUGUGACUCUCCUGGAUUUUGUAGCCAACACUGCCACAAUGAAAGGGGAUCAUUCAGGUGUUACUGUGAUGAUGGCUACAUCUUAGAAUCCAAUGGGAAGACAUGCAAAGUAACAGAAUCUGGGAAUCUUCUCUUGAUGGUGGCAAGCCGUAACCAAAUUGUCGUUAAUAACAUAACUUCCCAGGGCCAGCGCAUUUUUUCCUUGAUUCGAGAUGGAAGGAACAUUGUAGCUCUUGAUUUUGAUUCAGUGACUGAUAGAAUCUUUUGGUCUGAUAUCAGCCAGGACAAGAUUUGGAGUGCUUACCAGAAUGGAACAGACCGAAAAGUAGUAUUUGACAGUGGUGUCACAGUUACAGAAAGCAUCGCAGUGGAUUGGAUAGGCCGCAACCUUUACUGGACAGACUAUGUCUUGGAAACAAUUGAAGUCUCCAGACUUGAUGGAAGCCAUCGGACUGUUCUGAUCAGUGAAAAUGUGACGAACCCAAGAGGUCUUGUCUUAGAUCCCAGAACCGAUGGUCAUGUGAUGUUUUGGACAGACUGGGGUCAGAAUCCCCGAAUCGAAAGAGCAAGUAUGGACGGCACGUUACGAACGACCAUUGUCAGCAAUAAGAUCUACUGGCCCAAUGGACUCUCCAUCGACUAUCCCAAUAAGCUCUUAUAUUUUGCGGAUGCUUAUCUUGACUACAUUGAUUUCUGUGAUUAUAAUGGAAACAACAGGAGGCAGGUGGUGGCAAGUGACCUGAUAUUGCGGCAUCCUCACGCACUCACUGUCUUUGAGGAUUUCAUAUAUUGGACUGACCGAUACACCCAUCGAGUCAUCCGAGCAAACAAAUGGCAUGGGAGAAAUCAAACAGUAAUGAUCUAUAAUGUUCAUCAGCCUCUAGGGAUUGUGGCUGUUCAUCGUGUGAAACAACCUCCUGAAGUUACAUGCUGUUCUUUUGAUCGAAUACAUCUGGACUUGGGGAAACCACAGAAUUUUUUUUUUGUUAUCUGCAGGAAAGAUGUAAGAAUAACAUUCUUCUUUUUGCGAUCUUGCUUUACAGUGGAAAAGCCAUUCCUUAUAGCUGUAAGAGAUAACAUCAUUUACGGUCUGUCUCUGAACCCUGAGGAGAAAUCCAACGAUGCCAUGGUCCCAAUAGCAGGCGUUCAGAAUGGAUAUGAUGUUGACUUUGAUGAUUCAGAACAGAUGAUCUACUGGGUUGAAAAUCCAGGUGAAAUUCAUAGGGUGAAGUCAGAUGGCACAAACAGGACAAUCUUCGCCCCAGCUGCUGUUAUUGGUUCUCCAAUGGGCCUGGCUUUAGAUUGGAUAUCUGGAAACCUCUACUAUACUAACCCUUCGACACAAUCCAUUGAGGUAUUGACGCUCCACAGAGAAAUCAUCUACCGAAAAACUUUGAUUACCAAUGAUGGUACUCCUAAAGGAUCUGGAAAGCCACUGGGUUUAACUGUUGAUCCUGCUCAUGGGAAAUUGUAUUGGACAGACCAAGGAACAGAUAGUGGGAUCCCGGCAAAGGUUGCCAGCGCAAACAUGGAUGGGUCUAAUAUCAGAACUCUCUUCAUGGGUAAUCUAGACCACGUUGAGUUUAUUACCAUCGAUAUCAAGGAACAAAAGCUGUAUUGGCCAGUCACAAGCACUGGAGUGAUCGAACGAGGGAAUGUGGAUGGUACAAAUCGGAUGACUUUGGUUGUUCACCUCUCUCACCCGUGGGGACUGGCUGUCUAUGGUUCUUUUCUCUACUACACGGACCGGGAUUAUGAAGUCAUCGAACGGGUUGACAAGUCAACUGGAGCAAACAAAGUGGUGUUAAGAGACAACAUUUCAGGACUAAAAUGUCUCCGGGUGUAUUACCGAGAUGAUUCUGCCGGUUCCUCCAAUGGCUGCAGCAACCAAGUUGGGACUUGUCAGCAUUUCUGUCUGCCUUUGCCAGGGGGCCUCUUCUCUUGUGCCUGUGCUACCGGCUUUCAGCUCAAUUCUGAUAAUAGGACCUGCUCUCCAUACAGUUCCUUUGUCGUCGUAUCCAUGCUGUCCGCUAUUAAAGGAUUUAGCUUAGAGACAUCUGACCACUCUGAAGCAAUGGUGUCCAUGGCAGGAAGAGGGAGAAACGCAUUGCACGUGGACGUUCACAUGCCUUCAGGUUUCAUUUUCUGGUGUGACUUCAGCAGCCGAAUUCCAUCCCAGAAUGGAAUUCGUAAAAUCAAGCCAGAUGGUUCCAAUUUUAUGAAUGUUGUCACAAACGGGAUAGGAUUCAAUGGGAUCCGAGGCAUUGCCAUUGAUUGGGUAGCAGGAAACCUCUACUUCACCAAUGCAUUCUUGACCGAAACAUUUAUUGAAGUUCUGCGUUUAAAUACCUCUUAUCGACGUGUGCUACUUAAAACCACAGUGGAUAUGCCACGACAUAUAGUAGUCGAUCCCAAGAACAGAUACCUCUUUUGGGCAGACUAUGGACAAGAUCCCAAAAUAGAACGUGCAUUUCUUGAUGGCAGCAACAGGACUGUGUUAGUGUCUGAAGGAAUUGUAACUCCACGAGGAUUAGCCGUUGAUCAUCGCACUGGUUACAUUUAUUGGGUGGAUGAUUCCUUAGACAUGAUUGCAAGAAUUUCUCGUGAUGGCGGUGAGCCUGAAAUUAUCCGCUACGGCAGCCGUUACCCAACACCGUAUGGCCUCACCAUUUUUGAAAACUCUAUCAUUUGGGUGGAUAGGAACUUGAAAAAAAUAUUUCAAGCCAGUAAAGAGCCAGGAAAUACCGAGCAGCCAACGGUUAUAAGAGACAACAUCAAUUGGUUGAGAGAUGUGACUAUUUACAAUAGCCUUUACCAGUCAUUGGCCCCUGCGGAUGUCAACUACAAUCCAUGCCUACAGAAUAACGGUGGCUGUGACCAUCUGUGCUUUGCACUUCCUGAUCUGCAAACACCAAAGUGUGGGUGUGCAUUUGGAUUGCUGGGAAGCGAUGGGAAGAGGUGUUUUAUUUCAACAGAUAAUUACUUGAUCUUUGCUUUGGAGAAUGGCCUUAGAAGUAUACACCUGGAUCCUGAAAAUCAUAGCCCUCCAUUCCAUACAAUGUCCGUACCAAGGACUGCGGUCGCUCUGGACUACGAUAGUGCAAACAGUUUAAUAUAUUUUACUCAAAGUUCUUCGACAGGACCAGGAAAAAUCAGCUAUAUCAGUAUCCAUUCUGGAAGCAGUAAUCCCAUAGUAGUAGCAUCAGAUUUGGGAGCUCCAGAUGGCAUUGCCUUUGACUGGAUCAACAACAGACUUUAUUACAGUGACUAUCUCAAUCAGACCAUCAGUUCAAUGGCUGUGGAUGGAUCUAAUCGUUCAGUAGUGGCUCGUGUCCCACGGCCAAGGGCCAUUGUCUUGGAUCCUUGCCGAGGGUACAUGUACUGGACCGACUGGAGCUCUAAUGCUAAGAUAGAACAAGCAACACUUGGAGGAAACUUCAGGAGUGCUAUUGUGAGCACCAACUUAGUAUGGCCAAAUGGUCUCACACUGGACUAUGAAGAACAGCGACUUUAUUGGGCUGACGCAAGUUUACAGAAGAUUGAACGCAGCUCCUUAUUGGGUGAAAACCGUGAGGUCAUCAUUAGCACCGCCCUCUAUCCAUUUGCAAUGACCCUAUUUGAUCAACACAUUUACUGGACAGACUGGAAUACCCGAAGUGUUUAUCGAGCCAACAAAUACGAUGGGUCAGAUCAAAUUGUGAUGGUAUCAAACCUACCAUACAGACCGAUGGAUAUUCACAUCUGGGCCAAAAGCAAGCAACAGCAGUGCAACAACCCUUGCAACCAAUUUAAUGGUGGUUGCAGUCACAUCUGCGUGCCAGGCCCAGGUGGUGCAGAGUGUCAAUGUCCUGCCGAAGGACGCUGGUAUUUAGCCAACAACAACAAACACUGUAUUGUGGACAAUGGCACCAGGUGUGGAAGUACCCACUUCACUUGUCUUAAUGGCCGUUGCAUCUCUGAACGCUGGACAUGUGACAAUGAUGAUGACUGUAGGGAUGGCAGUGAUGAGUUGGAAAGUGUGUGUGCUUUUCAUACCUGUCAGCCAACAGCUUUCACCUGCGGCAAUGGGCGAUGUGUACGCUACUCUUAUCGCUGUGAUCACUACAAUGACUGUGGAGACAACAGUGAUGAGGUGGGAUGCUUGUUCCGAACUUGUGACCCCCAGACAGAAUUUACUUGCAAUAAUGGAAGGUGUAUCUCUCUUCAGUACGUCUGCAAUGGUGCAAACAACUGUUACGAUAAUGGCACUUCAGAUGAGAGAAAUUGCCCUGAACGUACUUGUCCCUCUGGUUAUACAAAAUGUCAGAGUACCAACAUAUGCAUUCCUCGAACUUAUCUUUGUGACGGGGAUAAUGACUGUGGCGACAUGAGUGAUGAGAGCCCCACUCACUGCGCCACACUGACUUGUACCAAUAGUGAGUUUCGCUGCACAUCUGGACGUUGCAUUCCUGCUCAUUGGUACUGUGAUCGAGCAGCAGAUUGUGCUGACGGCUCGGACGAGCCUUCCUCUUGUGUUUCUUCGGAACGGAGCUGUUCAAGUAGGCAGUUUAGAUGUGAUGGCGGCAGAUGCAUACCAGCUACGUGGAUCUGUGAUGGUGAUGAUGAUUGUGGUGACAUGAGUGAUGAGGACCAAAGACACAGUUGUGCAAAUCGCAGCUGCUCAGCCACUGAAUUCACAUGUGUGAACAAUGUGCCCCCCUUAAGAAGAUGUAUUCCGAGGGCUUGGGUCUGUGAUGGGGAUGCUGACUGCAGUGAUGCUUAUGAUGAGCAUCAGAACUGCACUAGGAGGCCAUGCUCGGGCAGUGAAUUCACAUGUGGUAAUGGACUGUGCAUCCGUAACACUUACAGGUGUGACCGCCGAAAUGAUUGUGGGGAUGGCAGUGAUGAGACAGCUUGCACCUAUCAGCCAUGCCAACAGCACCAGUUUACCUGCCAAAAUGGCCGCUGCAUCAGCAAAGCCUACCUCUGUGAUGGGGACAACGACUGUGGGGAUGAGUCCGAUGAGCUAGAGCAUCUUUGCGUUACUCCAGAAGCAACUUGUGCUCCCCACUAUUUUGCAUGUGACAAUGGAAACUGCAUUGAAAUGGUCAAAGUCUGUAACCGGAUAGAUGACUGCCGUGAUAAUAGUGAUGAGAAGGGAUGCGGCAUUAAUGAAUGCAAUGAUCCUUCAAUUAGCAACUGUGACCACAUCUGCACAGAUAUCCAGACUAGUUUCUAUUGUUCGUGUCGUCCUGGGUACAGACUCAUGUCCAACAAAAGGUCUUGUGAUGACAUAGAUGAAUGUAGUGAAACACCGUCAAUAUGUAGCCAGAUGUGUGAGAACACCGUCGGCAGCUACAUCUGCAAGUGCGCCCCAGGCUACAUUCGUGAACCUGAUGGGAGAAGUUGCCGACAGAACAGUAACAUCUCACCUUACCUUAUCUUUAGCAAUCGCUACUAUCUGAGAAAUCUCACCACAGAUGGCCGGCUUUACUCUCUCAUUUUGCAAGGACUCAGUAAUGUUGUGGCUCUGGAUUUCGACCGGGUGGAAAAAAGGCUCUACUGGAUUGACGUAGGCAGAAAGGUCAUAGAAAGAAUGUUUUUCAAUGGAACAAACAAAGAAACAAUAAUUGGUGAUGGUGUGCCCAAUGGUGAAGGCAUUGCUGUUGACUGGGUUGGAAGAAAACUCUACUGGGUAGAUGCCUAUAAAGAUUGCCUCUAUGUAGCUGAGCUGGAUGGCCGAUUCCGGAAAAAACUAAUUGAUCGGUGCCUGGAUCCUAACAAUACCUUCUGUUUUCAGUAUCCUAGAGCAAUUGUUGUUCAUCCUAAAUAUGGACAAGUCUACUGGACAGAUUGGGCAGAUCGAGCGUAUAUCGGACGCGUGGGAAUGGACGGCAAGAAUAAGACGGUGAUUAUCUCUGCCAAGUUAGAGUGGCCUAAUGGACUUACCAUAGAUUACACCAACGACAAGCUCUACUGGGCAGACGCCCAUCUAAACUACAUUGAGUACUCAGAUCUUGAUGGUCAGCAUCGUCAUACGGUGUACGAUGGGGUAUUGCCUCACCCGUUUGCAAUUACAAUUUUUGAGGAUACUAUCUAUUGGACUGACUGGAACACAGGGACCAUUGAAAAGGGAAAUAAAUAUAAUGGAACAGGCAGAAUGGUUCUAGCGAACACCACUCACAGGCCCUUUGAUAUUCAUGUCUAUCACCCAUACAGGCAACCAAUAGUAAGUAAUCCUUGUGGGACCAACAACGGUGGCUGUUCUCAUCUGUGCCUAAUAAAAAAUGGUGGCUCCGGUUAUUCCUGUGAAUGUCCUGAUAACUUCGUGGUAGUGCAGUUGGGCAGCACAGGUCACUGCCUCCCAAUGUGCUCGAGCACUCAAUUCCUGUGUGCUGACACUGAAAGGUGCAUUCCUAUCUGGUGGAAAUGUGAUGGCCAAAGAGAUUGUCGGGAUGGGUCCGAUGAACCUUCCACAUGUCCAGUUAGGUACUGCCGUGUCGGGCAAUUCCAGUGCAAUGAUGGCAACUGUACUAGUUCCCACUACUUGUGCAACGGUGUCCCAGAGUGUCCUGAUGGGUCCGAUGAAGACCAUGUGCUUUGUGCCAAUCACCAAUGCGAAUCUCACCAGUGGCAGUGUGCUAACAAACGAUGCAUCCCGGAAGCCUGGCAGUGUGACCGAGAAGACGACUGUGGUGAUAAUUCAGAUGAGGAUAGUGCUCAUUGUGCCAGCAGAACGUGUCGUCCAGGCCAGUUUGAAUGUAACAAUGGCCGAUGCAUCCCCCAGACCUGGAAAUGUGAUGUGGAUAACGAUUGUGGUGAUAACUCAGAUGAACCAUUCCAUGAAUGCAUGGGCCCUGCCUAUCGAUGUGAUAAUUAUACAGAAUUUAGCUGUAGGACCAAUUACCGCUGCGUCCCUCUCUGGUCUGUCUGCAAUGGUUUCAAUGACUGCAGAGACAACAGUGAUGAACAAGGCUGUGAAUCCCUGACUUGUGAUCCUUUGGGAGAUUUCCGCUGUGAUAAUCACCGGUGUAUUCCACUGCGAUGGAAGUGCGAUGGAAACGACGACUGUGGGGAUGACUCCGAUGAACAAAACUGCAGUCCUCGUGAAUGCACAGAAAGUGAGUUUCGGUGUGAAAACCUACGCUGCAUUCCUUCCCGGUGGUUGUGUGACCAUGACAAUGACUGUGAAGACAACUCAGAUGAAGUAGACUGUGAACUAAGGACCUGCCACCCAGGUUUUUUCCAGUGCAACAGUGGCCACUGUAUUGGAGAACGAUUCCGGUGUGACGGGAGUGCGGACUGCCUGGAUUUCUCUGACGAAGCUUCUUGUCCCACUCGCUAUCCAAAUGGUUCUUACUGUCCCCCUUCAAUGUUUGAGUGCAAGAACCACGUCUGUAUUCAGCCCUAUUGGAAAUGUGAUGGUGAUGACGACUGUGGAGAUGGGACAGACGAGGAACUUCAGUUCUGCUUGGAUGUUGCCUGUGAGUCCCCCUACCGCUUUCGUUGUGAGAAUAAUCGCUGCAUCUACAGCCAGGAGUUGUGUAACCAGGAGGAUGACUGCGGAGAUGGAAGCGAUGAGAAAGAAGAGCACUGCAAAGAGCCUACUCCUCAGCCUUGCACUCCUGAAGAAUUUAAGUGUGGUAAUGGAAACUGUAUCCCGCUGCAUUAUGUCUGUGAUAAUUAUGAUGACUGUGGAAACCAUUUUGAUGAGCUUGGCUGCAAUCCCGGAACAGGCAGAACAUGUGCUGAAAAUAUCUGUGAACACAAUUGUACCGAUCUAAUUGAAGGAGGCUUUAUAUGUACCUGCAGGCCUGGAUACCAUCCCAGUGACCUGGACAGAAAUACCUGUGAUGAUGUCAAUGAAUGUGAAGUCUUCGGCUCUUGUCCACAGCUUUGUAAGAAUUCCAAAGGAAGUUAUGAAUGCUUUUGUGCUGAAGGAUUUCGAUCUGUUGGGGAUCAACAGGGAACUCAAUGUGCAGCCAACGGUAACCCACCAAUCUUACUUCUGCCGGAUAAUGUCCGUAUUCGGAGAUACAACAUGUCAUCUGAGCAAUAUUCAGACUAUAUUGAAAAUGAGGAACACAUUCAAGCAGUAGACUACCAUUGGGAUCCUGAAGGAAUUGGCCUAAGUGUUGUAUACUACAGCAUUCUUGGACGUGGAUCACAAUUUGGUUCCAUCAAACGUGCAUAUAUCCCCACAUUUGAAAGCAGUGAAAACAAUCCUGUGAAAGAAGUUGACCUGAACCUUAGAUACUUGGUCAGUCCUGUUGGUUUAGCAGUGGAUUGGGUUGGCAAGCACAUUUAUUGGACUGAUUCUGGGACAAACAGAAUAGAGGUGGCAAAACUUGAUGGGAGAUAUCGGAAAUGGUUAAUCUCUUCUCUCCUGGAUCAGCCAGCAGCCAUAGCAGUCAACCCUAAGCUUGGGUUAAUGUAUUGGACUGAUUGGGGAAGACAACCAAAAAUCGAAAGUGCCUGGAUGGAUGGACAGCAGAGGAAUACACUGGUUUCUGAAGACCUUGGCUGGCCAACUGGCCUUUCUAUUGACUAUCUGAACAGUGACAGGAUCUACUGGAGUGAUGAGAAGGAAAAUCUAAUUGAAUCUAUGAAGUUUGAUGGAACAGAUAGAAAGGUUGUUUUACAUGGAGUCAGCAACCCGUUUAGCCUUGAUGUGUUCGAAGGCCAUCUGUAUUGGACAUCGAAAGAAAGAGGAGAAGUCUGGAAAAAAGACAAGUUUGGAAAUGGAGAAAAAGUCAAACUGUUGACCAUAAACCCAUGGCUCACUCAAGUCCGGAUCUAUCACCAACACAGAUGCAACCAGUCAGUAUCCAAUCCGUGCAAAGAUGUCUGCAGCCACCUCUGCUUGCUGAGACCUGGGGGAUAUACCUGUGCUUGUCCACAAGGGGCUAGUUUUGUGGAAGGCAGCUCAGAAGAAUGUGACGCAGCUAUUGAAUCUCCACCAACAAUGCCACCAGCCUGCAGGUGUAUGUAUGGCGGAACAUGCUAUUUGGAUGAAAGCGAGCUUCCUAAAUGCAAGUGCUCCUCGGGUUACACUGGAAAUUACUGCGAAGUGGGCCUGUCAAGAGGAAUUCCUCCUGGGACAACCGCGGUGGCUGCCUUAUUGACGGUUGUUCUGAUCAUCAUCAUUGGCGCGCUGGGCGUGGGUGCCUUUUUCAAUUACAGAAGGACAGGAUCCCUGCUACCUGCCCUUCCCAAACUUCCGAGUUUAAGUAGUCUUGUGAAAUCCACGGAAAAUGGCAAUGGAGUAACUUUCCGACCUGGGGGAGAUGUGUCAAUGGACAUUAAUGUAGCUGGUUUUGGAGCUGAAUCUUCUAUUGACAGAGCAAUGCAAAUGAAUGAGAACUUUGCUUUGGAAACUGGGAAGCAGCCAAUUACAUUUGAGAAUCCUAUGUAUGCUACAAAAGACACCAGAACUGAUGAUGUGAUUGUAGCAUCUCCAUCAAAAGUAACUACUUCCAGUAGUGAAGGAAACGAAAACUUUGAGAAUCCGGUAUACGCUACACCUGUAUCAGUUGAGGCAGCUCAGCCUUCUGCAAGUACAGAAACAAUCCAG